CGUCAGUCAGGGGCCGGUCGGGUCGGGUCGGUUCAUCCGCGAUGUCGGGCAGCAGCAGAAGCCGAACCCGAACCCGGGCCUCGAGCUCGAGCGCCAGCGCCAGCUCCCCUCACCCGUUGCCCAGCACGUCCAACGGCACAGGAGGGGGGCAGCAGCAGCAGCAGCAGCGCGGCCGCUUCAACUCGGCCAUGUCGGACUGCGCCUCGGUGGACGACGAGGAUCUGGGCGGCGGCGGCGGCGGCAUCGGCGGCAUCCCAUACGGGGCCCGGGACGAUGACCCGAACUGCCGCAGGAUGCUGCGGCACCAGUACCGGGAACUCAUCAACAGCGUCCAGCAGAAUCGGGAAGACAUGAUCAGACCCAACAGUAAUAAAUUAACGGAAGCACUGGAGGAAGCUAAUAAGUUGUUUUCCAAAGUACGUCAGACAAGUGAGGCAGCUCUGGACGCUCAGUUUCUUGUACUUGCAACAAACCUGGGUCAAGAGAAAGCUAAUCAGCUACACACAGACAUGAUGGUGUUUGAUCCAUCAGUUUUUGCAGAGGAACUGUUAACCUUCAUGGGUUUGAGACGACUGGAAAAUGAAGGGAGUGAUGAAGAUGAUGAAUCUGCAGGGUGGCUUCCUAAAGAUACCUGGACUAAACUAGGAAAUGAAGCUGGAAAAUAUUUUAGAAGGACUCCAGCCUUUCAUUAUAUGCUGGGAUCUUUCAAAAGUGAACCUCCUGUUCCACGACCUAAAGUUGAGAGGCAGAAGAGGGUUCCAACUAAGGAAGAGCGCAGAAUAAUGCCCACACAGUUGAAGAAAAUGGAUGAAUCUCACCAAGAAGCGACUGAAAAGGAAGUGGAAAGGAUAUUGGGACUAUUGCAAGAGUACUUCAAAUCUGACCCGGAAACUCCAAUCAAUUUCUUUGACUUUGUAAUUGAUCCAAGUUCUUAUUCGCGUACUGUGGAGAACAUAUUCCAUGUCUCCUUUAUUGUGAGAGAUGGUUUUGCAGCCAUUGGACUCGACCAAGAUAAACUACCAAUUAUUGAGCCAGUAAAUGAAGGCGUGGGUAAUGACAGACCACAACAACAAAGACAACAGACAGUUAUUUCUUUGAGUCAUGAGGAAUGGAAGGAAAUAAUUGAUACGUUUGAAAUAGCAGAUGCCAUGAUACCACCAUUAACCCACGGAGAUCAAUGAUGCUUGAUAAAUUUGAUGUGCCUUGUACAAUACCCUACAGCUAUUGGAACAUGGAAUUUUGAAGACAUGAAGAUUAUUUUGUAUAUGUGGCUUGUGAAGUUUAUACAGUGAAGUCAUACAUUUUGUGUAUUUUUAUUCCUUUGACAGAAAUAAAUGAUUCAAUUAUUUAUAUUAA